AUUGCUUGGGGCAAAAUGCCGUUCGUCCGGCUGCUGAACGAAAAGUGGUGUUGAUUAGGAAAACAGUUUGAUCGCGCAAACAAUAGGCAAACAAUCUGCAAGCCUCAAUAUUGCCACAAAGCAACCAAUUUCCCACGGUGUCCACAGCGAGGAGUCAGAGCAACUCGGUGCAGGCCUAUUGAGUGUGUCCCACGUUUGCCGGCCAGCUACAAAACAGAGAGAUGGAGGAGCGCACCGGAACGGAACGAGUGUACGGGGGUUGCGAGGGACCGGACGCCAUGUACGUCAAGCUGAUCUCUUCCGAUGGCCACGAGUUUAUCGUGAAACGCGAGCACGCACUCACCUCCGGCACGAUCAAAGCCAUGCUGUCCGGUCCGGGCCAGUUUGCCGAAAAUGAAGCCAACGAAGUGAACUUUAGAGAAAUACCCUCACACGUUCUCGAAAAGGUGUGCAUGUACUUCACCUACAAGGUCCGGUACACGAACAGCUCGACGGAAAUACCGGAGUUUCCGAUCGCACCGGAAAUCGCGUUGGAGCUACUAAUGGCGGCCAAUUUUCUCGAUUGCUAGGCGCUAGUGUUUUAGUUUGUUUCCGUCUUUCUAAGGCAACGCAUACUACACAACCACACAGCAGCACCACACAUCCAACGUACACGAAGCACACUAAAACCGAACGGCACCGGGAGCUCCACAAUGACGACCGAACCGACACUUCUCGUAUUCCUAGUCGUCUGGCAGACGGGGGGGAUGAUGGUCGGACCAAUACUCUUGUUCUCUUACCGCUGAGCCUUAGGUUUGGUCGGCGAAAUUUGUUUGAUGAAAAGAAACUUGCGGCAACGGCAGCAGCAGAGAACGAAGUUCGUGAUCCUGUUGCUAGGUUACUGAAGCUUUUUCAAAAUACAAUGUCUCUUCCUUAUCUGAAAUAGGGCUUUGCUUUUGCUCGUGAAACAUCUUCCCGAAGCGUAUAAAUCAAUUAAGGCGCAACCGCAACAACGGCAACACGUCCGGGUUGCGGCAGUAAAGUCAACGGCGGACCGUAUAUUUGUAUGUUAGGUUUUCAUUAUUACCGUGGAAAAUAAAAUAGGGCAAAAACAUGAU